AUGAGUCUUGGGAAGUUGACACACUAUUCCAUUGAUUUGGUGUUGAUCUCGGUGAUCCUUGCUGGGGUCCAUAGAAACACAGGGUUGACAUUUGAUACUAGCCAUUUCAAUUCUGUAGAUUUCCGUCGGUGGUUUGGAAACUACUUGGCGUUUGGAGAAAAGUGCUACGAUUAUACCGUGAAGCUCUUGAAGAUGACGGGGUAUUUCAAGCAGAAUAAUUUGGUGUUUGAUUACGUCAAGAGGAAUGCCAAUGAAAUCUUGAAGGAACAAACAGGGAGAGAUAUUGCUGACUUUAAUCCUCAUCAAGAUUGA